AUGUCGGAUGGCCACACGGGACCUGUCAACAAGAAAACGUCAGUCCGAUCUUCCAUCACCAUCACACUCCCGCGUCUCGCCAACGCAGCUUUUGUCUUUUUCUUGUCGCGCCAAAUGUCGUUUCUUCAGACAGUUGCCUCUGCUGACGUCGUUAUCACGAGUGCCUAUGCUUUUUUUUCUUUACUUCCCUUUUUCUUUGUUCUUUCCUUUUCGAUUUUUUUAACGCUAUCUUUCAUAGUUUCUUUUUUUUAUCUUCCCUUUUGUACUUCUUUCUUCACUUUUCUUUUUUCGUCUUUUUUUUUUUUUUCUCCUUUUUCUGAUGCAUCCUUCCAUAGUUUCUUCUGUUGUCUUUUUAUUCAUGCUUCUUCUUUUUCGCCUACUUUAACGUUCACUUCCAUUAUUUCUUUUACCUUCCUCCUCUUUCUAUUUCCAACGUUCUCUUCCAUUAUUUCUUUUACCUUCCUCCUCUUUCUAUUUCCAACGUUCACUUCCACCUCUUCUUUCCUUCUCACUUCUGAAACCUUUUUUUUAUCUCUCUAUACUCCUCCAAAUCGACCUUUUCUUCACUCUUUCCUUCUCUUCCCUCCUGCAUUCAUCUCCACUCAGUAUUUUUCCUUUUCCUUUAUCUUUCUUUCUCUAUAUUUAUAUUGCCUCCAACGUUUCCUUUGUAGUUAUUUUUCUAGUUUAUUUAUCAUAAUUUUACACAUCUUGCGGUGUUUCUUAAAACUUUUCCUUUAUGAUUCUUUUGUUAUUGCAUCUUUCUCCCCUUUCUAUCUUCCCAAUACCACCAGCAUUUUCCCUCUGUGUCUUUUUCUUGGGAGCCAUCAAAAAGCUCCUUUAGGGAGCAAUCCGAUGAGAAUCUACGAGAUCUUGCGUUGCAUUCUGGCCGCCCGAGAUAAAUGGCCUCCUCGCGACUGCCAACAAAUCAGCGCCUCUAUUUUGCGAUUGACGAGUUGCGAAUUGCAUUUUUCUUGUCAACGUAUUCGGACCCGCACAUCAUUGCGUGUGAGCUCUGCUCCAGCUAACCGUAGGAACGGAAACAGUCUUCAUAAGACUAUGUGUGUUUAUGUACAGUCGUUCGUUUUCCUCCUUUCUGUCGUUUUCUCAGCUCUCCCUGUACGCAACCAAUCAAUAUAUGUUUUGGAAUGGUUCAAACUAUGA